CGUUCAACAGGUUCAGAUGAAGAUGAUGAAGAUGAUGGUGGUCCUCGUCCUCUCUGGUCUCCUCUGUGUCUCGGCUGACGCUGAUCCUUCUGUCUCUGGUUCCUCUUCAGACCGACAUGGGGACCUUAAAAUCAGCGGCUGUUCAGACUCUGGUGGAGAGGACAUGUAUGGACUGGACGGAGAGGAGGUCUGGUACGCAGACUUCAUCAACAAGAGAGGAGUCGAGCCUCAGCCCAGUUUCAUCGAUCGUAUCACCUUCCCAGGAGCUUAUGAAUCUGCUGUGGCUGAUCAACAGAUCUGCAGACAGAACCUGAAAGUCAUUCUCCAGGCUCUUAAAAACCCUCCAGUGGAGCUCAACCCUCCUUCCAGUCUGAUGGUCUACCCCAAAGAAGACGUGGAGCUCAGAGAGAAGAACACCCUCAUCUGUUAUGUGACUGGUUUCUAUCCUGCUCCUGUCAACUUCUACUGGACAAAGAACGGAGAGAACGUCACCCAAGGAACCAGCACCAACGUUCCCUACCCCAACAAAGACGGUUCCUUCAACCAGUUCUCCAGACUGGAGUUCAUCCCACAGCUGGGAGACAUCUACAGCUGUACAGUCAAACAUCUGGCCCUGGACCAACCACUGACCAGAAUCUGGGAUGUGGAUCUUAAUGUUACUGUUUUUGUGUCUCCAGGUGUGCAGAAGACAGCCCCAGGUAUUGGACCUGCGGUUUUCUGUGAUGUUGGUGUGACUGUGGGUCUGCUCGGUGUGGCCGCUGGAAUCUUCUUCUUCAUCAAAGGACACGAGCGCAGCUGAUUGGUCGGGGCUGAUGAUGUCAUUAGGAUGAAGAACGUUGUAAACUAGAGAUAUAUUUCUCUACUGUCUGUGUAAUAUGUUGAAAUAAAGUUUAUUUUUUUCUUGA